GUGAGUUUGUGGGCCGUCGCGAGCUCCCUCGCGCCCCCCUUUCGCUCGGUUCGCUCCGGCGCUCCGCCCGUCUCUGGCCUCCCCUGCGGAGCCCCGCGCUAGUUCCUCUCGCUCCUGGGCUUCUCUGCGUGCGGGACACCUUGGCAUUGUCGAAAGAGGCUGGGCAGCGAUCGGAGGCAAGAAGUGGCUCGCUGACAAGAGCCACGGCGGUCCGGCGAGCGAGGAGGAGCCUGCAGGGAUGCGAGCCGCGCAGCAGCCGCGCCUGCCUCUCUGACCCGCCGGCUUUGCUGUGGUACCAAGUUGGCAGAGUGAGGAGCGCCGCAGCCUGGCACGGACGGAGAGAUCCGGCGGCGGAGGGACCCGCUGCCCCAACUCGCCUCCCGCUGCCUUUCUGGCUUAAAAGUUGUGGGUUGCCGGAGGAGGAGGGGGAGGAAGAGGAGCGGUGGGGCUUCGUGUGGGGAGGCUGGAGCCUCCUUCGGAGAGGAGGGCGCCUCUGGAGACCAGCGAGAGGAAGAGCGAGGGAGGCGCCGGCGCCGCCGCCGCCUUAGCCGGGCGCGAUGCCUUCUGCCUGGAGCCGAGGAGCGUCUGGCCCCGGGGUGAUCGCCCUGCUUCUGAUGGCCGUUGGCAACCUGAGACUUUGCCAUGCAGGGAUUGAGUAUGGGGAUGUACUGCCAGAUUCCUUCCCAUCAGCACCUGCAGAGUCCCUUCCCCAUUUCCUGUUGGAGCCACAAGAUGCCUACAUUGUGAAGAACAAACCAGUGGAGCUGACCUGCAGAGCCAACCCAGCCACCCAAAUCUAUUUCAAGUGCAAUGGCGAAUGGGUGAAUCAGAAUGAUCACCUGACAACAGAGAGUUUGGACGAGGUCACUGGGCUCCUUGUAAGAGAAGUCCAGAUUGAAGUCUCUCGCCAGCAAGUGGAGGAACUUUUUGGCCUAGAAGAUUACUGGUGUCAGUGUGUGGCAUGGAGUUCUGCUGGAACCACAAAAAGUCGUCGAGCCUAUGUUCGGAUAGCAUACCUGAGGAAGAACUUUGACCAGGAACCACUUGGGAAAGAGGUGCCUCUCGAUCACGAGGUCCUUUUGCAGUGCCGUCCUCCUGAAGGAGUGCCAGCUGCUGAGGUGGAGUGGCUGAAGAACGAGGACAUGAUUGAUGCUUCCCAGGAUACAAACUUCCUGAUAACCAUAGAUAAUAACCUUAUCAUCAAACAGGCUAGGCUUUCUGACACUGGCAACUACACCUGUGUGGCCAAAAACAUUGUUGCCAAACGGCGGAGCACCACGGCCACAAUAAUUGUUUAUGUGAAUGGUGGCUGGUCUACCUGGUCAGAAUGGUCCCCAUGCAGCAACCGCUGUGGCCGUGGAUGGCAGAAACGUACCCGAACCUGCACCAAUCCUGCACCUCUCAACGGUGGCUCUAUUUGUGAUGGACAAUCUUUCCAGAAGCUUGCCUGUACUACCAUGUGCCCAGUAGAUGGAGCUUGGACUGAAUGGAGCAAGUGGUCAGCCUGUAACACCGAAUGCACGCACUGGAGGAGCAGAGAAUGCAUGGCCCCAUCUCCCCGAAACGGAGGGAAGGACUGUAGCGGCGUCCUGCUUGAUUCCAAAAACUGCACCGACGGGCUCUGUAUGCAAA